AUGGCGGAACAAUGUGUCCAAAACAUCCGAGAUCUUGCGGCAACUUUGUUGGAACAGGUGAAGGCUCAAUCGGGAGCGGAGAUUCGAACGAGAGAUGAAAUCGCAGGCUGGGCGUAUGUUCAUGCCUCAAUGCUUCAGAAUACGUUUGCAGUCAGAGCUGGAACGACUUCGUUCGAGAAAGCUUUUGGCUUGGCCUACAACGGGAAAUUGGCAUGUUUCGGCGAGGUGGUUCUGUUUGCAUUGAGUCAAGGUCAUCGAAAGAAAGGAUGCCCGAAGUUCGUGAAAGGCCUGUGGCUUGGAAAAUCGCUCGCGAACGACAUGCAUGCGUGUGGGACAGCGCUUGGUUUGUACUUGUCAACAACGGUCCGAAGGUUGAGUCCACAAGAACGGUGGAGCAAGCACAUGCUGAAAGAAUUCCAAGGCAAACCGUUCAAGUUCUCGUUGAGCAGCCUGGGAAAGGUCGUGAUUCCUGUUAUGAAAGACAGGACAAAGCCGAAUGUGGUGCCGGACAUGCCGGUAGUGCAAGACAGUCAAGCCAUGAAGAGCCAGGAGGGGUUUCGACACCAUCGUGCAGCUGGUGAUGGCGUGAUGGAGGAGAUGGACAUCGAGGCAAGAAGAGGUGAGAAGAGAUCUGAGCCCGAACCAAGUGCCGAUGAGGAAGAGAAGCGCGGAGAGAAGAGACCUAUGCCGGAGGCAAUGAACACCCCGCUGAACGCGCCUCCACUCUACGCCGGGAGCUCAUCGCCGCCAAAGACCUCCAGGGUUUCAACUGUGAAAGUAGCAGAUGCUGAGUACUAUGUGUUAGAUGAGCACCUAGAAGAGGAGUGGGGCGACAUGGAAAAGUGGGGGAUUUGGUCUGAGGAAGAAGAGGAAGAAGAAAGCCUCGAUUGGGGAAAGUUAUGGCAUAGCAGGACUGAGAAUGAAGGGCCUCCAGAACUGUCGGAACAUGAAAUGGAGCAAGUAGAUGCUGAGAGCAGGAAGACAGAAGUGAACCGACUCCUGGACAUGGGAGUGUUGGAGCAGGUAGCGUCCUUGCCUGAGGCAGCCGAGCUAUUGCAGACGAAGCAUGUGAUGGACUGGCGGUACCGUGAGGCGAAGUGGAAGAGAAGGGCGAGAUUAGUGUGUAAGCAGCUGAAGUUUUGGGAUCCGAACAGGACAGACGUGUAUGCCCCAAGCACCAAUCCAUCAAUCGCAAAGCUGUUGCCGGCCCUCAUGGUUUCCCGAGCAGGGUGGCAAAUGGUUAGCUUCGAUGUGAAAGACGCGUUCCUCGAGGUGAAGCAGCUUUAUGUGAUGUUGGACGGAUCUCCGUAUAGGGUCCAUCGUUGCUUGCCAGGACAACAGGCAGCGUCUGCGCGGUGGGGAGAACAGCUGGCUGCAGACCUGGCUACGGCUGGCUUGGUGCCAGAUGAAGCAUGUCCUGCAGCGUUUGGACAGCCAGGUUUGGGUGCAACAGUUCAUGUCGAUGAUGGCUUGCUAGCUGGAACCCCAGAGAGUACACGCAAGGUAACUGAAAUCCUGGAGAGGAAGUACAAGCUGGAAGUCUCAGAGCCCGUAAAGAAUAUAGGUGAUAGCCUGAAGUUUUUGAAGAAAGAGCUGAUCAUCACCGAGUCUGGCAUUGAGGUGAGAGUCGACAAGAAGUACCUGGAGAAAAUUUGUGGUGUGCUGGACUUGAAAAGGGGGAUAUUAAGGAAAACGCCGUGUAGUCCAGAGAUUGCCCAGAUGGAUGAGUCCGAGCCCUUGCAGGACUUGGAGGCUUCGAAGUUCAGAGCGGCAGUCGGAAGCUUCUUGUACCUCAGCCCCGAUAGGCCAGAUGCACGGUGGACCAUCGCACACUUGGCAAGGUACAAAGGCGCUAGCCGAUUUUUGAUGAGCCGCCUGGGCUAUGGUGGCUUCGAGUGCUUGAACAAGGACCGGCUGAAGUAUGAGCAGAUGAACUCCAAGGUGAUCCGCUUGCUGGUGAUGAUGGAUGCCAUGCGGAGUGCGAGUGCGAGGGAGAUCCCUGUGGAAGGCCAUGAGAGUGAACAGACUGGAAUAACAAUCAUGAGCGCCUUGAGUCUGGAGAUCAAAAUCGGCCAGUGGGUUGGCGUGCUCCUGAUCUGA